GGCAGGGGGUGGAGGCCGGUCUCCUGCUGGGGGGCGCCCCGGUCCCUGAGCCGAGGGGAGAGUUGCGAAGCGUUUCCCAGCCAUGCUGCGAGCUUCGCGCGCCUAGUGCGAGCGUGUAUCCCUCGGGGCGAGGAAGCCUUUCCCCGCCCCCUCGCCUCUGGCUCGCCGGGUCGGAGCCCCGAGCCCCGCACAGAUGUGGCGCUCUCCCGCGCGCCGCCCUCCGCUCCCGCGUUGCCUCUCGAUCUGCCUCCUCUGGGGGGUUCGCGUUUGCUGAGCUCCCGCGGCGGCGGCGGGCAGCUUGGCGCGGCGGCGGUGGAAGAGGAAAAUACGGGUUGAGGAGAGUUUCGCGAGUCCCUGCGCCCGGUUUUUGUUUGUGGUUCGCUCUUUCCUUCUGGAUGUGUGUGUUCCCGUAACAGAGCCGCCCGAGAAGUGCGGUCAUCAAUCUGCGGAGUGUGUUUUCUCUGAAAUUGCUGCUGCUAAAGGGUUCCAAACGGGAGAAAUAAAUCCAGUCUGCUUGUCGAAUCCCUGGCUCAGAGUGAGAGUGCUUUCAUGAGGUAACAUUGGGCCAAAGUCAACCUUUCUUCUUUCUGAAUCUGCAGCCAAGAAAUGGGCCAGAAAAUCUCAGGGAGCAUAAAGUCUGUGGAUGUGAGAGAGCCCCCUUACAGACCUGUUAAACGAGAGCUGAGGGGCCCAGACUUUUGCAAACCUGCUCGACUGGACAUGCUUCUGGAUAUGCCACCUGUCCAAUUGGAGGUCCAGUAUAAACAUGCUUGGAACAAUGAAGAUCGAUCUUUAAAUAUAUUUGUAAAGGAAGAUGACAGACUCACUUUUCAUAGGCACCCUGUUGCCCAAAGCACAGAUUGCAUCCGGGGCAAAGUUGGCUACACAAGAGGCCUACAUGUCUGGCAAAUUCACUGGCCCACUAGGCAACGAGGAACACAUGCAGUGGUGGGUGUAUCAACAGCAGAAGCUCCAUUACAUUCUGUAGGAUAUACAUCCUUGGUUGGUAGCAAUAGUGAAUCAUGGGGUUGGGAUCUGGGACGUAACAAACUUUAUCACAAUUGUAAAAACCAACCUGGGGUGACGUAUCCUGUUUUUUUGGAACCAGAUGAGUCUUUUGUACUCCCAGACUCUUUAUUGGUUGUUUUGGAUAUGGAUGAAGGAACGCUUAGUUUCAUUGUAGAUGGACAGUAUCUUGGAGUGGCCUUCCGAGGACUGAAAGGGAAAAAACUUUACCCUGUAGUCAGUGCAGUUUGGGGGCACUGUGAAAUUACAAUGAGAUACAUCAAUGGACUUGACCCGGAGCCCCUGCCUUUAAUGGACUUGUGCCGAAGAUCAAUUCGCUUUGCUCUUGGCAGAGAUCGCCUGCAUGACAUCGAAUCUCUACCUUUGCCCCAGUCUCUGAAAAAUUAUUUACAGUAUCAAUAAGAAACCUUAGAACCCUUUUUCUGGCUCCAUGUUGGACUAAAUCAAUGCAAAUGGCAGAAAGUAUUGUUUACAUCAAAAUAGAAAUAUUUGUGGUGGACCCUUGAGUGUUAUUUAAUUUUUAAUGUAUGUGGGGGCUUUUUCUGAAUCAAUUGAAGCAGAACAAUAUGGUGUGAACUAGAGAACGCAGAAAUCAGUUUGAUCUAUAUUCACAAAUUAUCUGUUGCCUAGAGAACAGUAUUUAGGAUUGGGUUCUCCUGGUCAGAUCCUUAGCUGGCAUUUACUGGCUUAGUUCCACUGACUUCCAGUUAACAUCAGCUGAAAAUCUGGCUCUCAAGAAUUAUCCAGAAGUGCAUCCUUUGAAUAAUGUGUCCACUAGAGAAAGAAAUAACACUGUGUUAAGUUAACAAUAAUAUCUAAAUCUUAAGACUUGAUGUUCAAAGGUGCUGAGUUAUUAUCACAAGUUUAUCUGGCCCUUAAUGUGUUAAAGGACCUAUCAUGUUUAACAUCUAGAUAAUGAUUUAUUUUAUAUAACACCAUUGCUGGAUUUAAAGAAAAAUUGUUACUGAAGAGUGGAAAAUCAAUUACAUUUGAUGCAAUCCAGUGUUUUCAAGACCAAAUCUCAUUCCUCCAUAGUUCUGCGUAGUUUAUAACAGAGCUGUUCACUGUCUUGAGAUUUUAGGAUAUUCACAUUUUGAGAAGGUUACUUUUUUAUUUGAACAAAUUUAUUAUUUUUAUGUCAUACCAACUCUAAAUACUUUUGUUCUCUUUUUAAUGUAUGUGUGAUACAUUGUUUAUUUAUCUGUUCAACAUCCUCAUUUAAUUGUUUUCCAUCUUGGAAGGACUGGUUUACUUUUGUCCCCCCACCCACCAAGAUGUAUUCCUUUUUCAGGCUCAACCUGUUUUAAAGAUGCUGCUUUCUAUUUGCAUUUCUUAAGUUUCAAGUUAUUUGCCUGAUCAGUUAUCUAGUUUUUAAACUGGAAGUUGUUGUAAUGGCAGAAUAUCAACUGAUGAGACCUAACUGCCUUCAGCAUAUUUUAAUGUGAAUUUACUGAUGAAUGAGGACAACAUUUCUAAUAAAGUCUACUGCCCAAAAUUAAACAAGUAUCUCCUUUCUCAAACUAUCUGAUAUACUUAAGAGAAGCAAUAUAUUUAGAACUGAAGUUCAAUUCCUUUAGCACUUACGCUGCUGCUUUGGCAUUUCUAUGGCCGUGGUGUGUGUGUGUGUGGGGUAUAAGGGAUGAGGGACCCAUCUUCCUUAGCAGUGCCAGUGCCCUGUUCCUGACCUGUACUAGUCCUGUAGAUUUGUCAGCACUUACACCAACUAUGUACUAUACAGUAAUUCCU